AUGAGGCCCGGUGCAAUUGCCGGGGGUGUUGUUGGCGGUGUUGCAGUCGCGGCAGUAUUUGGGACUGGCGUCAUCUUCUCGCAUCUGUGGAAGAAGAGGCAGCAGCGCAAGCAGAAGGCACUCGGUAACGAGUUGUUGGACGAACGGGCCCCUCAAGGGAACCAAGCAGACACACAAGCUUCAGUUGGGGAGACGACGCAGACCGAAGAACUUGACGGAAAACACCACCCCAACGAGGUUGAAGGCAGUGAGCCUUCUCAUAAAUUUACAGAAACCCACAGAAGCAAGUCGAGGAAUGUGACGUAUGAAAUGGAUUCUAAGGUAUUUAUUGCUGAGUUGCCAGCACUAGACGUCCCGGGGUGA